UCGAAACCAAAUCCAAAUCCAAAUCCUCAACGAAAAAAUUAGGGCGCGAUGUGGCGGGAAAGAAUCUCCCCCAAAUUGCAUCCCCUUUAAAUACACUACUCUCCCCCUUUCGAAAUCUCCCGUCAUUUCAUUUCUGCAUACAGACUACAGAGACACAGAAUUAUCUUCGUAUCCGAGUUUAGCUUACUCGAAAUGGGCAAGAGGAGAAACACUAGGGUUUCUGAGGAGCAUAUAGAGGAAGAAGAUGAAGAGAUGAACGAACAACAGCAAUUUCACAGUGCAUCGUCUUCGUCCAACCAGAAGAGCCUGUAUGAGAUUCUUGGUGUGGAGAAACAUGCGUCACAGCAAGAGAUAAAGAAAGCAUAUUACAAGUUGGCUUUGCGUCUGCAUCCUGAUAAGAACCCUGGUAACGAGGAGGCCAAGGAAAAAUUUCAGCAGCUGCAAAAGGUCAUAUCUAUCCUCGGUGAUGAGGAGAAACGAGCUGUGUAUGACCAAACUGGUUGUGUUGAUGAUGCUGAUCUAGCUGGUGACGUUAUCCAGAACUUGCAGACAUUUUUCCGAGCCAUGUACAAAAAGGUCACAGAGUCUGAUAUUGAAGAGUUUGAAGCAAACUACAGGGGUUCUGACACUGAACGAAAGGAUUUGUUUGAUCUUUUCAAAAAAGUGAAGGGCAACAUGGAUAAGCUUUUCUGCUGCAUGAUUUGCUCAGAUCCAUUGCUUGAUUCCCAUCGCUUCAAGGACAUCAUUGAUGAGGCUAUAUCUGCAGGAGACUUGAAGUCGACCAAAGCAUACGAGAAAUGGACGAAGAAAGUAUCUAAAACAAAACCUCCUACAAGUCCAUUAAGACAGAGAAAGAAGCCAAAGAAAGGCUCAGAUGAUCUGUAUGCAAUAAUUGCUCAACGACAAAAUGAGAGGCGAGGCAAGGUCGAUUCCAUGUUCUCAUCUCUUGUUCAAAGAUAUGGUGGAGGGGAACCAGUUCCGGAGCCAAGCGAAGAAGAAUUUGAAGCUGCUCGGCAAAAACUUGAAAGCCGAAGAAGCUCCAAAAGAAAAUAACUAAAUCAGGUUUUCCUUUUGCUUGCCAUCUUUUGUGAACUAGAUUUUCUAGCUUUGCUUUAUGAAGCACUGUAUUGAUGAAUAUGUCUGCAGAAGGCACCUGUUUUAUGCUAUAUGAAUUACUACUAUAUUAUAUGUA